AUGCUUUCCUUUAAGUUCAUCCUCAUACUGGUCUUCGGUGUGCUGAUUCAGUCUGCUGUGACCAUCACCCCGACCACCGGUGUGACUGAUCGUGACGAACAGCACGCAUCGGAGGCCACUGGCGAUGGGUUCACCCCUUUCGUUUCUGACCACUCCGGUGGAAUUGACUCUGUUUCUGAUGAUCUGACUACUCGUACCGCUGCGGUGGAUCCCCUCACGGACUUGAACAAUAAAGCUCCUUGCCGCGGCGUAUGCUCGGUUACCAGACAGUGUCGCUGCAGGAACAAGCACUUGGACCUCGUCAAGAUCUGUCCGUGUGACCACAUCGGAGAGCAUUGCGGUUGUCCCGGCCGGCUGGAUUCUCGGGAUGGCAAUGAGGCUGAUGGCUCCGCUGUUGAAGAGGCUCCUGCCGCUCCAGCUGUUGGAGAGAGCCCUACCACCCCGGAUGCCGACAAGGCUGAGACUCCUGAUGAAGGUUCUGCGUCCAGUGGUGGUGUCUCCCCUGCCAUUCCUUCGAUUGUGCGGCCGCAAGUCUGCAAGGGAAAAUGCUCGGACGAGCACAUGUGUGCCUGCAAGAAGAAGGGAAUGACCAAUCCUGUCUAUUGCUACUGUGACAAUCCCGGGAAGAGGUGCACUUGCGGAGCGAAGCGCGCUGCUAGGGAUGCCGCUGAGGCUGUUGACUCUGCGGUUGGGGAUGAGGUCGCUGCCACUCCUGAUGCUGCCGAUGUUGACGCUGAGGGAGUUGCUUCGUCUGACGAUGUCUCCCCGGCCAAUCCUCUGGUGGAUCACAGACGUGUCUGCUACAGCACAUGCACCGCUUCGUAUAUGUGUCAUUGCAGGCACAAGCAGGUCCGUGUGCACUGUGGUUGUGACGAUCCGGGCAAGAAAUGCACCUGCGAGGUUCUCCAUGCUACCAGGGAUGAGGACGCUAAGGACGAGGACGCUAUGGCUGAUGAGAGCGCUGCCACUCCUGAAGCUGCCCAUGUCACCCCUUCUGAUGAAGUCGACCUGUCUGAUGACGUCUCUCCUGUCGAUGCUCUGUCCUCCAGACGGCCUGGAAAAUGCUAUGGAAGAUGUAGCCUGUGCACUGGAAACUGCAAAUCCAAGUACGAAUGCCAGUGCAAGGGCACCAACGUGGUCUCUCGCUGCGGUUGUGAGAGGCUUGGUCAGAAAUGCCAGUGCAAGGGUCCGUGGCGUGUGAGGGAUGUUGAUGCCACGCAGGAUAAGCCUGCUGUCAACGAGCCUUCUGCCACUUCUGAUGUUGACGAGCCUGCUCCGAACCCUGAUGACACUGUUGACUCGGAUGCGCUGGACCUGUCUGACGACGUCUCUCCUGUCGAUGCUCUUUCGUGCAGACGGCCUGGAAAAUGCUAUGGAAGAUGUAGCCUGUGCACCGAAAACUGCAAAUCCAAGUACGAAUGCCAAUGCAAGGGCACCAACGUGGUCUCCCGCUGUGGUUGUGAGAGACUUGGUCAGAAAUGUGAGUGCAAGGGUCCGUGGCGUGUGGCGAGGGAGGUUGAAGCCCCUGCGGUCGAAGAGACUGCUAUAACGCCUGCGUCUGCCAACACCACUGACGUCUCCUCCGUCGAUUUCGUACCACGAGAAUGCUUCACCCUGCGAUGCACCCAAGACCACAAGUGUCUGUGCAGAGACGCCAAGGGUGACCACAUUAUUCUUUGUGACUGCAAGACGCCCGGGCGUCCGUGCAGCUGUCCCCAUCGUCGCGAUGUGGAUCCCAUUGAGAAGACUCCAGUUACUGAGGAGAACGUCCCAGCUCCAGACACUACGGGCCUUGCUGUCACGGACGUCACUGCCCUCGAUUCCACGACCAUGCAAUGCGUCAGCCAGAGAUGCAUGCGCGACCACAAGUGUCUGUGCAGGGACGGCAAGGGUGGUUGGAAGGUUCUUUGUGACUGCAAGAAGCCCGGGCGUGCGUGCAGCUGCCCCAGUCGUCGCGCCGUGGAUACCUCUGCACCUGUUGUGGAGGACACCACCGAGGACCACAUCCCAGCAGCUCCUGACACCACCUCCAUCGCUGAAGCCGAAGAGGCAGAAGACUCGAGCCCCCCAAGAAGCUGCUACGGCACCUGCAACCAAAAGCGCCAGUGUCGCUGCCGCGGCAGGACCUGCAGCUGCAAGAGCCCCGGCGAACAAUGCAAAUGCUACGUCCCUUUCUUGCCGCCAAGGGAGCUUGACGAGGCCACCGUCGACUCUGCAUCGACCUCCCCUUCCGUUGAUGAGGAGUCGACACCCCUGGAGAACGAGAACGAGAACGAGAACGUUGAUGGGCCUGCACCUAGCGAACCUACCACCGAGGACACAGACCCGGAGUCAGAAAGCGCUACUGACUUCACAAAUGUCGAGAAAUCCCCUCUGGUCGCCCGUGGCGAGCCAUGCUGGGGCAUCUGCGACAAGCAAAAAGACUGCUACUGCGACCACAUCCGCUCAAACUGCAAAUGCGUGAAGCGCGGCCGCCGGUGUUUCUGCGACAAGGGGGUUCCCGAUCUGCCUCCAGGAAUGGGUGGGGGGGUUACCUAUUAG